UCGAUAGCGAAAGCGUGCUGUAGAAACAACUGAACAUCGCUCACACAGCGUGUCUAGUCGCCGGUGGAUUGUGAUGUUCUAAAUUUUCUCGUCUCGCCGUCUAGAUCCUGUCAGAAAUUUUAAAAUUUCGACGUUUCAUGUGACAGUGACAGCAUCUAAUGAAUUAAAGUCACAGUGAAUUUUAUUUUACGAGCAAAAAAUAAUGAAAUAACUAGAGUCGGUCUAAAGUGUCGUCUACCUGUACGAGGGCAAAAAUGGCCUACGGACGGAACGUGUCCUCAAACCGGAACAGUUGGGGUCCAAUGUCAGUUCCUUCCGGCUUCCACCGUCUGGAGCCGGACGAAGAAUUCGCCGAAGAGUACACUGAAAGAAUGAUGAGUGCGCAAAUGCGCCAACUGGACCCACUGAAGGAGGAUUUGGCCGACUGGAUGAACAAAACGUUAGAUAUCGAUUAUGUUAACAGAAACAACUUCCUAAGCGAACUAGACAACGGAGUUUUAUUAUGCCAUUUAGCGCAAGUGAUUUGCGAUAAGGCCAAGUACGCCAUUGAUACAGGUCAUGCUAAAGGCCCUCUACCGACUGUGAGGGGGAAAUGUUUCGAGAAAGCGAUGCGCCGAAGUUUUUUCUCGCGGGACAACAUGGAAAAUUUUAUCAAGUUUUGCAGGUCUCUGGGCGUACACGAAAAUUUGCUGUUCGAAAGCGACGAUCUAGUCCUGCACAACCAGCCCCGCAACGUGAUCCUGUGCCUCCUGGAAGUGGCCCGCCUUGCCACCCGUUUCGGCGUCGAACCGCCAGGUCUUAUCCAACUCGAGAAGGAAAUUGCCGAAGAAGAGCAGAACAAUUCAACCGAUUCAGCCCUAAGUUCUUUGCUUUCGUGGCAAUUCCAAGCCUCUGAACCGUCCGAUCUCAAAAUGCGCCACAGCCAGUCGGCCAAUGCCAUAUCGUCAUACGACCGCUGGGACACAGGGCCCCGCAUGGUGCUCCUCCCCGAACGCCCGAAACCGGAAAAAGUAUCGCUAAGUGGUGCCAGCGAUGGCGUCCCCAGCGACAACACCGAAGAUGAGUGGUCGCGGGGCAGCGGCGAAGACCCCGACCUGGAGAUCGACACCGGCGCCGGAGACGCCACCACAGAACUCGACAGGAAAGUACAAUUAGCGGCGAGGCUGAUGCAGAGAAACUGCAAUUGUGCCAACGGGAAGUGUUCGAGGUUGAACGUGAGAAAAGUCGGCGAAGGGAAGUACAAUAUCGCGGGCAAGAGUGUCUUUAUUAGAUUGUUGAAGGGGCGGCACAUGAUGGUGCGCGUGGGGGGAGGAUGGGACACACUGGACCACUUCCUGUUACGUCACGACCCAUGCCAGGUGAAAAUCGUAUCCAGAGAUAGCCCGGAACGGCCUGCUAGUGCUUCCAAAUUUUUACACAUAAGGGCCAAGUACCGCAGUCCACCACCACGCGAGUCAGUCACGCGCUAAGCACACUAAUAAAUUAUUUUAGUGAAUAUUUGCUAUGAUUUUCACACCAAGAAGUUCAAAUGUUUAUUUCGUUUCGUUAAGUUUGUAGUGUAAUUAUGUACACUAAUUAGUAGUUACGAAAGAAUACUAAUAAGAUUUUUUACAGUAGCGUUGUAUUUUAUUUUAUUUUGUAUAUAUUUUUCUACUAUUAAAACACUGCAUUUCUA